AUGCUCGCUGCGUCUGCCUCGCUGCUGAACAUAGAUGUCGUGAUCCUGGAUGUUGGAGACCACACUCCAGCCAAGCAGAUCGUCUCAUCACCCCCUCAUCUCGGGCACAUCGACGGCUCAUUUGCGGAUCCGGAGAAAAUCAAGGAGCUUGCAGCAAAGGUUGAUGUAUUGACGGUCGAAAUCGAACAUGUCGAUGUUUCUGUGCUAGAUGAGAUUGCUGAGUCCUCAAAGAUCGCGGUACACCCGAGCCCUGCGACGAUCCGUACAAUCCAAGACAAGCUCGCCCAAAAGGACCAUCUGUCUGAAUAUAACCUGCCAGUCACCGACUAUAUGCGUGUUGAGUCGACUCCAGAGUCAAUACAAAAUGCUGCCGCACAGCUUGGGUUACCAUUGAUGUUGAAGAGUCGUACUCUUGCAUACGACGGACGUGGAAAUUAUGUUCUGACGGAUUUGGGCGAAGCAGAAGAAGCCAUUGCUGCUCUCGGUGGAAGACCUCUGUAUGCCGAACGCUUGGUGCGAUUGGCAAAGGAAAUAGCAGUUAUGGUUGUUCGUACGAGCUCGGGAGAGAUACGAGCAUACCCUGCCGUAGAGACAGUGCACAAGGAUAACAUUUGCCACAUCGUCUUUGCUCCUCUUCGUCAUUCAAAUCCGGCUGUCGCGACCCGCGCCCGCACACUAGCGGAAGAUACAGCAAAAACGUUUGCUGGUGCCGGUGUUUUUGGUGUUGAAAUGUUCUUAUUGGAAGACGGUUCGCAGAAAUCUCAUCUUCAGGUGUGUUCGGCUAACACAGAUAUUUCAGAUACUCUUCUCCUCAACGAGAUCGCACCUCGACCGCACAACUCAGGGCAUUACACCAUUGAAGCAUGUUAUACUUCCCAAUAUGACAACCAUUUGCGCGCCAUACUUGGACUCCCUCUGGGGUCAACGGAACUAAAAGUGCAGAGUGCAGCGAUGCUCAAUCUCCUUGGCUAUUCAAAUUCUAUGGAAGAGAUCACACGGGUUGCGCGUGCAGCCAUUGAAGUUCCCGGUGCAUCUGUGCACCUUUAUGGGAAACGUGAGUGUCGCAAAGGAAGGAAAAUGGGUCAUGUCACACUCGUCGGGGACUCUGAUGAUGCGGUGCGUGCGAGCUUACGCCAACUGUUACAAGCGCUCCCAGACGCGACACUAGAGUCACUUGAUAAAUAUGCACCUUUGCUCCCUCCUGCUGGAAUUGGUCGACCGUCCUCCCAACCGCUCAUAGGCAUCAUAAUGGGCUCGGAUAGUGAUCUGCCCGUAAUGAUUGCGGCGGCAAGAGUGCUUGACUCAUUCCGAGUACCUUACGAACUCACAAUUGUCUCCGCACAUCGCACGCCGACGCGCAUGACGGAGUAUGCUCACAGUGCUGCUUCGCGGGGAUUGCGAGUUAUUAUUGCCGGGGCUGGCGGCGCUGCGCACCUCCCUGGUAUGGUCGCGGCUAUGACGCCACUACCCGUUAUCGGUGUUCCUGUGAAAGGCAGUUCUCUAGACGGCGUCGAUUCGCUGCAUAGUAUUGUGCAGAUGCCGAGGGGUAUACCCGUUGCCACUGUCGCCAUCAACAACAGUACGAACGCGGCCCUCCUCGCAGUCCGAAUCUUAAGCGCGAGCGUUACUUCUCUUCUCGAUGCCAUGGAUCUUUUCAUGAAGAAGCAGGAACAGGAGGUUUAUGCCAAAGUUUCCAGAUUAGAGCGAGUUGGAUGGGAGAACUACGGGAAAAGCUAG